AUGUUCGGCUCUAUGAUCACCUUUGUCGCCCUGGCUCUGGCCACCAUCUCCUCCGUCGUCGCGCUCCCCACUGGCCCGUCACUACAGCCAGCACCCGCUGCCGUGCUCAGCGUGCGGCACAUACACCCUAACCUGCAACCUGCUCUGGCUUCCGCCCCUGUUGUUCCUGCUCGCGCUCCCGCCCCUGCCAUGCCCUCCCAGCAUGUCCCUGUCGCCUCUGUCGGCCCUGUUGGCCCUGUCGCAUCGGCGCCGUACAUCUACCAGACUCGCGCCUCCGCCCACCCGAUGCCCGCCCGCCAGAACCACAGCUCGGUGUUGAUGCCCAUCAGCCUGCCCAGCCCAAUCUACGCCAGGUCGGCCUCGGCCUCGACAUCGACAUCGGCAUCGGCAUCGAGCACCUCCGGCGACAUAGUAAGUCACGUCAUGGUCGACAACAAGCCUUGGACCUACACCAUCCACGCCCACGACACACCACACGUGAUCCGGCCGAUGCCAACCACCCUGGCCACCAUGAUCGCCAUGGAGAAGCGCGAGGCCCACCGACACCUCCCUGUUCCCUUCCCCUCGAGUGCCAACCACACUCUCCCUCUCCCGCGCUCGGCGCCGGCCCCCGCUGACCCAUCCGCCACUUCUGCCUCCUCGCCUGUCAUCUUCGACUCGAUCUCGACCCCUAGCGACGCCGCCGAGACGACGCCCGUCGCUCGCAUCAUCCCCGCGCACACCCCCAGCCGAUUCGCCUCUCCUCCUGGCAGCCUUGCUGUCUCUCUCCCCUCGGCGCGGUCUUACCCUUCCCCUUUCUCCGGCAGCCUCGCUCGGCCCAGCCACAGCCACAGCCAGAGCCAGACCAACGACAUCCACCAUGCCGUUGAGACAAUGUCGGCCCCCUUCCUCGGCCAGUUCGGCCCUUCUUCCCUCCCUGACGGCCUCCAGCUCCCUAAGGAGAUGCCGUCGCCCUCGCCCGAACUCUUCCCCAGCCAGUUCGGUGCUCCUUCCCUUCCCGGCCUCCCGCUUCCUACGGAGAUGCCCUCGCCCUCGCCCUCCCACGACCGCCUCCCCCUCUCCCUCUCCCUCUCCCUCUCCAUCAGGCAGCUCGUCCCUCUCCCUCUCCCGCAGUCGCAGCCGACCAACACUCCUCACACUCAGACCGAGGCCGACACCAUCUCUACCUCUACUUGGAGUGUUGAGACGCCAACCACCGCCACCACCGAACCCAUGUUCAGCAUCUUGCCGUUCACGGGCCCCCUGACCCCGAUCCCGACCCUGUUCUGA